AUGAAAAAUGGAAUACUAACUGUAUGUGCGGCUGGGAAUUCGGGUCCAAAUCAUGCAUCAGUAAUGAAUGUCGCACCUUGGGCAAUUUCUGUGGCUACAACCACUUUUGAUAGAAAAUUUGUUACCCAAGUCAAAUUAGGGAAUAACAAAUUUUAUGAGGGUACCUCUCUGAAUAAUUUUGAUCUAAAGGGAGAAUUGUAUCCUCUUAUCUAUUCCAGAGAUGCACCGAAUAAGGAAGCAGGCUUCGAUGGAGAUUCAUCUCGAAAUUGGAUCAAUUCAUUGGAUGAAAAAUUGGUGAAAGGAAAAAAAUUUCUAUGCGAAGGAAAUGAAGAGGCCUCGGAGGCAUUUAGAGUAGGUGUUGUUGGCCUCUUAAUACAGGGGACAACAUAUAUAAAUGUCGCAUAUAGUUUUCCUUUGCCUGCGUGUUAUCUUCACACCAAGGAUGCCACCAAAAUACGCAAAUACAUACAUUCUAAAAGGACUCCAACUGCAACAAUUUUCAAAACAAAUGAGUUAAGAGAAAGUUUGGCACCCGUGGUGCCCUCUUUCUCAGGAAGGGGUCCAAACAAUGUUACACUUGAGAUUCUCAAGCCUGAUUUAACUGCUCGAGGAGUAGAUAUUAUAGCUAGUUGGUCUCCACUUUCCUUAAUUUCUGAAAUUCUUGGUGAGAACAGAACAUUAGAGUUCAAUAUUGUGUUAGGAACAUCAAUGUCAUGUCCACAUGUUUCUGGUGCAACAUGGUACAUCAAAUCUUUUCAUUCUACAUGGUCAACAGCGAAGCAGAUGAGUCAAGAUGCAAAAUUUGCUUACGGAGCAGGUCAAAUUGACCCUGUUAAGGCUCUGAAUCCCGGCAUGGUAUAUGAUGCCACAUAAAUAGACUUCAUAAGCUUUUUAAUGCCACAUAAAUAGACUUCAUAAGCUUUUUACGUGGACUAGGCUACAACCGGUCAGUUUUACAGCUAAUCAUAGAGGAUGACAUUAGUUGCUUCGACACAGUAAAUGCAUCAACAAGGGAUUUGAAUUAUCCAUCCUUUGCUCUCAAAGCUCCACACCCCAAACAUCACAUAAGUGGAAGCUUUAAAAGGACUGUUAGAAAUGUUGGAUUACCGAUGUCGAUAUAUAGAGCAAUUGUGAAAGUAUCUAAAGGACUCACUAUUUCAAUGAACUCCAUUAUUUUGUCAUUCACUUCAUUGGGAGAAAAUAAAACAUAUGUUCUCACUAUAGAAGGAAAACUAAAGAAGUCUAUCAACUCGGCUUCUUUAGUUUGGGAUGAUGGAAAUUUUCAAGUAAGGAGUCCAAUUAUUAUUUUUGAUGAACGAGCAGAUAAAGGCGAGAGUACAAAAUUAUAUUGUAUAAAUUUUAUUUAUAUUGUAAUUUU